CUAAACUAUGCUCGGAACAACAUCAAAAUGGUAAGACUCUUCUUGUGAUCUUCCACAAGUCACUGACUCAGUGCAGCGUGACGAGUGUCAAAGAUUACCGCAAGUAAAACUACGAUUCUUCUUCUGCUGAGCUGUGUCAUCUUCCUGCAGACAAAGAUGUAGAAGAGGAGUCCCCAAGACGUGAACCGUCAUAUGAAUUCCCUUUCUUGAAACAAAGAUGAUUCCCCAAGCAGGGAUUCCCCUAAUAUGCAGCUGCCUGUUAGCGGUGAUGUUGUUCACAGGAACGCAGGUUGCCUGUCUUUCGGAUUCCCGGAUGCGCCCUGGUCUUGUGAAUACCGAAAUAGAGGGGUCGUUUUAUGCAGAGGAGCAAGACGAACCAGACCUUGACUACUACAACCAAGUUGAUUUUGACUUCGAGCACCCGAGUAAGACCCAACAAGGGCAACAAAUAGCACGACGACGUGACCGCAUCCUGGCACACGCGAAUGCUGUUGGGAGAGUGUUGGAAAAGGAACAUGAUCAGGAGCAUCAAAAAACGUCAGAGCAACAUCAAAAAACAUCAACCCUGGAUCUGAGAGCUGCUUCUUCAACAUUAGACUUAGAGAAGACCUACCAAGCUUUCGGUCGUGCUGCGAUGAAACUAGAGCAGCAAAAGCGACAACAGAUACUCGACCAAGUGGAGAACAAAGGAGUUGUUGUAUUGGGUGGUCGUGGAAUUGGAGAAGGAGAAAGCGACACAACUCCUGAAGUUUCUAAUAAUGAAGUGCAAUCAGAUGAUGAUAGCAUCAGAAAGUCAAGACAUCUUCGAAGAAGUGUAAAAACUACAGGGCAGGAACAAGGACAGGAUCAAGAACAAUCACUCUUAGCGAGUAAGGACGACGAUGGUUUCGAAUACAAACUCAGAGACCGCUUCUUUGACAGCGUUUCCGACAGAGACCGUGACGCUGGUGUAUCAUUAAGGCUUAGGAUUCUUCAGCAGCUUGCUGUUGAUCUUGCCUUCGGCAUGGUGUCAUUAUAUACAUCAUUGACAUUGAGUGAUCAUGUACAGAAGCUAGCUAGCCCUAGCUCAUAUUUUGGUUCAGAACUAGAAGUCGAGAAUGACUACCUAAGACGCAUGAUGAUGAUGAUGAUGAUGAUGAUGACUAGACUUCAUGCUUAUUUUGGUUCAGAACUUCUAGACGUCCCUGUGCGCUAAUCCCCUCAACCAAGGAGCUCGGCGGCAAUUCGUGGCUCAGAGGACCGAGAUUUGAAUCCGAGAAGCUGAGAAAGGCACCCAUUAAAACAUGGAUGAUCCUUGCAGUGUCGAUUCUACUAGCCAUCGUUACGGCCGUCGCGGGUCUCUGCUGCACCUUGUGUUUGGAUCCACCGAUUAGGGCACAUGUAUUCUUUUAUCCCGCUCAAACAAUCUUUCCGUCUACUCCUCGUAAACCAACGUAAUGUUGAACAGAAUCCAUGCAUACAUGACGACCACUAAUGCUUCGAAUUAUAUCUCCUCAUUUUACUCACCUCGUCUCCUCACUGACCAUCAAACAGAGUACCGCUCAAGCAUCAGCCGAAGUGGAUGGCUGGUGGCGCGAGACAGAAAAACUAGGAGCCAAGCUCCUAGCCCAACACCAAAGGACUCGGACUUCACAGAUCGCACGAUCACUGGGGAUAGAUCCACAGUCACUGUAUCGCUCGUUAAGGCCUCCAACUUGUAGAAGAACUAGUCGUAUGGAACACAUUGUCUAAGUACUUAGAACAGCUCUAAUUGACUUUGCAGCUCCUUUCUUGAAAUCUCAUUCUCAUCCUCAGUUUCGGUCGGGUCUACUGUUGCAACUAAUCGAAAUCUCAAAAUAACCGAGUUGCUGACUGAAAUAAGGGAGGUAGCUUACUAUCAAGGCUCCCCUUCCUUCUCGUCAGUGUCUCGGUUAUUCUGAUCAGUUACUCGCUUAUUUCAGUUUUUCGAGUAGUUAUUUCGUCGCUCGUCCCCGUCUCCUUCCUCUAACAAUCACGGUUGCAAACGGUCGGGAAGGGAGUAACUCUUCGAACCAGGAGCCAUCCGCUAGCGUCAUUUCUCAGGUGGAAGACGCAAAAAGUAAUGGAGGUGCAGAAAAUGUGAAGAAUUUAAGGGGAAAGUUCUUUCGCUUCGACUACUUCCAUUUAUUUGUCACACUGACAACAACUUCCACUCUUCUUGAUAGAUGGUACAGAUAUUGAGUCAUAAUUGAGGCUGGCUGCGUCUGCGUGUCGUGACUUGUUCACAGUCACUAAUCUGGGCAACUCAUAAUGACCAUGUGCAAUUCAACUGGAAGAAGUUGAAGUGCACAUGGGAACGAAAUGGCACUUCUAACCCACCCUGGGAACGAAAUGUCAGAUCGAGCUUCCAAUAGCAGGUCUUCAACCGAGGACGUGAAAUCUGGGAGAGGCACGACCUUCAAGGCAGCCGCGAAUCGCACGAGGCUUCAGGGUACUGUGGCUAGACUUUUUUCGGAGAAGGAUUUGGAGGAUAUCGACCCUUCCAUGGUAGCGAUGCAGAGGCAACAGAUUAUGGGUAUCGAGCGGUCCAACACCUUGAUUAGCGACCACCACCAUAGUAGUGGAAAGCAAUUGCAGCAGCUACGAAGCACGACACGUGGUCUUAGCGGCCUCGCCAGUGUGAAACGAAAUCACGCGAGCACUUUUUUGCUAGGAGCUACGGCAAAAGGCCAAAACGAAGAAAAAGAACACGCUGCAGCAAUGGGCAGGUACGUAGAUGCGUUCGGUCGUGGAAGCGGAAAGGAAAGGGAGUCACUGAAGGCAGGUGGAGGAAAGAAUGGGGACGAGAAUUAUGGCUAUCCACGCGCAAAGACUAUGUAAAGCUAAAUGGACGAGAAUUUCAAAUUAUAACCAAAAGAGAGACACUCACAUGGCGCUCGUCCUGUGAUUCCACUUCCCCUUCUAACCUCUACAACUAGCGGCACCUGUAGUAGGUGGCUUGACUGCAGCGAGUAGGCGCGUGAUAAGCAAAAACCGUACAGAACAAUUGCAAGCGGUCGCAAAAACAUCGACGUCGCUAAAAAAGGAAAGCACAUCUCCACCCUCUAGUCCGAAGCAAGUGUCCUUCUUGCGCCACGAAGAUCAGGAAGAUCAGGAAGAUCAGGAAGCUAUGGCAACAAAACUUGAACUCAAACUUGUCUAUUGAUGAUGGAUGUAGUACUUCCGCGUAUUUUGUGCUGGCUGUCGUGCUUGGUAACAGGUGGAAGUACGUUAGACCAGUAUAAUACCUAUGAACAAUGUAGUAGAGUCGUACAGAUAUUUUUACAGUAUUUACCUAAUAAACUUACAUCAGCUUGCUCAGCCCCCACGUUCACGCCGUCUUUCUGAAACUCAACCUCUAACUUCCAAAGAGACCGCAGAACGACAAACGAAGGAUAUGUUGUACAAGACGGCCACUUAAACGAAAUCGGGCCUCGACCAGCCACCAGCAAAUCGGAACCACAGGAUAGGAGUAGUAUUGGUUCUCGUGCCAUGUUCCACAGCUCUCCGAAGGCGGCUGAAGUUGCCAGAGGCCACGGUGAUAUGACUAGUGUUAGGGAGGAAGAGGAGGAGGAGGAAGAGGAAAAAGUGCUGGACGAGACCGAUGCUGAAGAAAGUGGUGCGGGGAACAAGGGAGAGAAGUGAAUUAUACAUAGAAGAACUUCAACAUCGGAUGUAUUGAGUAGUGUUAGUUACUAGCACUUGUAGUGCUGUUGUACUUAGACGACAACAAGAACAUCCUUGGUACUUCUUCGAGCAGUUUCUGGCGCUUUGAACAGGGCCACGGACAGAUACCAUGCACAGG